AAAAAAAAAAUGAAAUGGUCUCUCGCGGUUUUUGGCAAAGCGCGCUCUUCUCGGAAGUGACGCACAACGCACCCGGAAGAGAACAUCAGUGCGGUGAGUGUUUCGCGUGGAGAACUGCGGAGCGUCUUCGGGUCAUGGGUCCGCAAAGCCGCGGGCGCCGGGCGGGAACCGUGCAGAGCACCAACGACAGCAGCGCCCUCAGUAAGCGGUCGCUGGCCGCACACGGAUACGUGCGCGACGCCUUCGCGGCGCUGCUGGUCCCGGGACCUGUGCGGCGCACGCCGCUGGUCCACCGCGGCUAUUACGUGCGCGCGCGCGCCGUGCGUCACUGCGUGCGCGCCUUCCUCCAGCGCACUGGCGCGCUCCCGGCCCCGACCCGGGCGCAGGUUCUGUCUUUGGGUGCUGGCUCCGACUCGCUGUACUUUCGCCUGAAGGCUGCGGGCCUCCUGGCCCGGGCUGCCGUUUGGGAGGUGGACUUCCCGGACGUGUCUCGGAGCAAGGCGGAGAGGAUCAGGGAGAUCCCGGAGCUGUGCUCUCUGACCGGCCCUUUCCAGCUCGGGGACUCGUCCUCCGCUCUGUGCUUCGAGAGCUCGGACUACCGCAUCCUGGGCGCGGACCUGCGUGAGCUCCCGAAGUUAGGCGAGGCCCUGGACUGCGCCGGCCUAGACGCCACCGCACCCACGCUGCUCCUGGCCGAGGCGGUGCUCACCUACCUGGAGCCCGCCGAUGCCGCGGCCCUCAUCGCCUGGGCCGCCCAGCGUUUCCCCGACGCCCUUUUCGUAAUCUAUGAGCAGAUGAAGCCGCGAGACGCCUUUGGGCAAAUCAUGCUGCAGCACUUUCGGCGACUGCACUCUCCCCUGCACGGCCUGGAGCUCUUUCCCGACGUGGAGGCCCAGGUACAGCGCUUCCUUCAAGCUGGCUGGACUGCCUGCAGCGCCCUGGACCUGAACGAGUUCUACCGCCGCCUUCUCCCCGCAGACGAGCGUCGGCGGGUCGAGACGCUCGAACCCUUUGAUGAGUUUGAGGAGUGGCAUCUGAAGUGUGCCCACUAUUUCAUCCUGGCAGCAUCAAGGGGAGACACGCUAUCGGGAACUCCGGUGUUGCCACCCCCAGAGACAUCUUUUUGGGUAGAUCCUGCUUUGCCUUCAGGUUUUCUUUCUGCCAGAGCAGUCACAAGUGACCAGCACUCCAGCCUGAAGAGAUAUGGCCACGCCUCUGUCCUCUUGAGCCCUGGCAUUAUUUUCAGUGCAGGAGGCUUUGGAGAAGAAGAGGGGCGACACUGCCGAGUGAGCACGUUUCACUUGCUCUGGAGAUCCCGUGACUCGGAAUGGAAAAGCAGCCGAAUAAGUACUUUGGGGACUGGAGGCCAGUGGGAUGGACGCCUUUAUCACACCAUGACAAGGCUUUCAGAUACUCAGGUUCUGGUUCUUGGAGGGAGACUGUCCCCAGUUACUCCAGCUUCCGGGGCUCUCCAACUUGAAUUAUACAGAAGCGAGGCUGAUUGCCCCGAGAGUCAGACUGUAACAGUAACAGAGGCUGCCAUGGAAGAAGGUCCCGUGUUGUCUUGUUGGCGGCAUUCAACAACGGAAAUAUACUACCAGAAUCAAAGAUACUUAUUUGUGUAUGGUGGCCGAAGUGUGGAGGAACCUGUACUAAGUGACUGUCGUUUCCUACAUGUAGAGACAAUGGCUUGGGUCCCAAUCCCAGUAGAAGGGGCAGUCCCUGAGGGUCGGCAUUCCCAUAGUGCCUGCGGUUGGCAAGGAGGAGCGCUUAUCGCCGGAGGUCUUGGGGCUUCUGAAGAACCUUUGAACUCUGUACUGUUUCUUAGACCAAAGUCCUCUGGAUUCCUCUGGGAAUCAGUAGAUAUCCAGCCCCCCAUUACCCCAAGAUACUCUCACACGGCUCAUGUAUUUCAUGGGAAGCUGCUUCUGGUUGGAGGGGUCUGGAUUCAUUCCUCCUCCGUUCCUGGAGUGACUGUUAUCGACUUGACUUCAGGGUCGAGCUCUGAGUAUCAGCUCGACACGACAUCUGUGCCCUGGCCGGUCAUGCUGCACAGCCACAACAGUGUCCUCCUCCCCGAAGAGCAGCAGAUCCUGCUGACGGGAGGGGGAGGGAACUGCUUUUCCUUCGGCACUUAUUUCAAUCCCCAUCCAGUGGCAUUAGAUCUUUCUUCCUUAAGUACAGGCCAAUAAAGACCGACUCUUGAUAGGUUCAGGACCCAAGAAUGAAUAUGAUUGUAAAUAUUGCCACACACCCCAACACACACCUUUCUUACCACACUAUUGAAUGUGAAAACAAGCGUUAAAUACCAACAAUAAGAUGGUAUGGAAAUCAAACACUUAAAAGGAGUGUCCAUGCAUCCUAGGGGUCUCAGCCUCAUGUGCCCAGUUUAUUGGGUUUCUACCGAUUUUCAAAUCUUAGCCACUUACAACAACAACAACCCUUAGCCUAAGUAAGAAGUUUCCCAAACCAGGUCUGGGGCCUAGAUUAUAUUUUGGAGAAAGUUUCACACAGAUCCUUGGUAAGAAUACAAGAUUGAAUAUGGAUCUUGAAUACAGUAUUGACCUGCUGCUUUGUGUGUAAAAUCGAAGACGGGCACUGUAGUUUAUUUGUUUUUUGUUUUUUGGUUUUUUUUUUUGGUUUUUCGAGCACUGUAGUUUAAAGACUUAGUUUGAACACAAGACUGGCUUUAACAUUGAAAAGUACAACUUUAAAA